AUGAUAGAAUUGAAUUUUAAAUAAUGAAAGGUUACUGGCCCAGCGCCUCAAUGAAGAAUCCUAAGUUUAUUAGCCUUUCCCUUGAUCGAUAUUGACAAUCAGCUCGGCAAGAGAAGCCGCCGGCACACACUGUGUUUUUUCUUUGCUAACAACCUGUCACUAUUCGAAUCUCAAUUCCAUCACUAAGCCAUACAGCUGAACGUGGCAUUUCAGUUUUUCGAGACUUGGCUCUGCCUACCUCGCAAGAGAUAUAGAUGUGAUUGUAUGUAUAGAGGGCAGUGGUUGUUGCCUGCCGCGUAAAAACACCUUGCACUUCCUUCUUUAUCCACCAAUGACAGAUCAUAGAGUUUGGUAAUCAACCUCGUUCCUCCAUAGAGUAUCUACCAAAUAUAAAUAAUAAUGUCAAUGCGUUCCUCGUGCUCAAUGUGACGUGUCGUCAGUGAGUGUGUGUGGUGUCCCGACGAUGCGGCUGCCGGUCCCUGCCGGCCCACGCCGCGCCCGGCUCCACAGCGGUCGCUACGGUGCUUGAGGUGAGAGGAAACCAACACAUUGCCGGUACAACGCGGAGGUUGUUAGAGGGUUAGGUUGUGUCGUUUUAGGUAAAACGUCGCAGGCAAGAGAGAUUAAAGAUAAUUAAAAAAUCUAAAUAACUACUUUAAGCGGAAUGGCGACCCACUCGUCGUCGGAGUCGUGGUCGGCCGCGGGCGGCGCUAACGUCGUCGACCUGGACAAGUUAAUGCGCGGGGUCCGGCCGCACCGACAUGCGCCCGCGCCUAUUUACAACAGGAAUGGCUUGGUAGUAGACAAUGGCGGCCUGCCCCGCAAGCCGGGCUCGUCCAGCUCGAGCGGGUCCUCGACGCCCCGCGUGGUGGACCCCACGCGAGGGUUUGCCAACAAGCGGUUCUCGCACGACUCCGGCGUCUCUGACGGCAGCUACGUUAAGCGGAGGUCCAGACCACAUCGACGGCUGAGUAUAGCAGAGAGCAACGGCAUAACAACGAAGCGCGAGUUGGCGGCGCGGCCGAGCGGCUCCGCGGGCUCCGUGCGCGCGCUGCGCGCGGCGUGCGAGCGCGCGCUGCGCGACCAGCAGCGGCAGCUCGCUCGCAUGACGAAACUGUGCGAGCGGCUCGGCGAUCGGCGCGGCGAGCGGCGCGCGCGCUCCGACACCGAGCGCACCAAGACCGACUCCAGCGACCUCUCCUCUUCCAGCUGCAGCACCAGGGAUCCAAGACGGAAAGAUAAGAAUAGGGCGCAAGAAUGCAAGACAUACAAGAUAAUAAUGUCGAAGCUGGACGAGUUAAACCGCGUGUUCCUGUCGCGGCGCUCCCCCCUCCCGUCGCCCGCGCGCCGCCGCGCCCCCUCCACCGCCUCCGUGACUGUCUCCAACAAGCUCGUCGCUACGGACGACCAUCGCGGCUCGCACGACGUCUCUGCAAGGCAGAAGGUGGUUACGAGACGAGUGGAAACCGAAGCUCGCCAGCUUGUGGAGCGCGCCGUGGGCGAGACGCCGAGCGAGCGCAACGAGCGAGCGGAGCAGCGCUCGCGGCUCGCCAACCUGCGCGCGGUCAACAACGCGUACGCGCUCGACAUCGCGCCGCAGGACGCGGUCUGCAAAUACCCUAACAUUGCCACGGAAAGCGUGGUGAAGCGGUCCAGCGACGAGGGCUCGCGGUCCACGCUCGGGGACCCCCGGUUCGGGUUCCCGCUCGACGACCCUGUACAGUUAUACGCACAAGCAAAACGCCUCCAAGCCCUGCACAUGUCGUCACGGCGCGCGCGCAGCUCCGCCCCGCCCUCCACGUCGCGCGGGGGCGCGGGCGCGGGGCGGGGCGCGGGCGGGGGACUCUCCGGGAGUCAGGGGGUCUCUCUGUGCGCGCUGUGUCGCGAGUACUGGCGGGCGGUGCGCGGGUACUUCGCUGCGCAGGUCUGCUGUCCCCAAGAUGAUAUCGCGUGUGCGUGCUCAUGAUAAAUACAAUGUGAUGUUUUGUGGACUGUGUUGUAGUUUUAUUUAUUUACC